CACUCUCGAAACGGCAUUUCCCCCGCACGGACGCUUUAAAAAAUGACUCCUUACUUAACUUCCCUUUGCUGUGCGACUAUGAAUGCUCUCAUCAUAAUCAACAUCCUCAACGUCGCGUUUUUUAGAACGUCGUAUGCUUUCACCAAUGGCUUUCCGAAAGAGCAAUGCGACGAAAUGGAUCCGACUAAAAUUAACAUCGAAAAUUCGGCGGGAAAAGGAUCUGCGGAUGCUGAUUAUAAUUCCACGGACUUCGGGCAGGAAGAUGCGCUCCCAACUUCCAUUCAGCUGUCCGGUAGUUUGAAUCUGUACCGGAUAGUGACUUCAUCCCCUAAAUACAGAAGAGGCCGUACUUUAGAUAUUACCAUCCGAGGACCAGAAUUCAAUGCCUUUAUGCUCCAGGUGCGCAAGAUUGGAUCCGAUGAACGUCGGGGCUUUGAUCAACCUGUUCGUGUUGGAGAAUUCGUAAGUUGGCCGCCUUCCUUACAACCAGUGAUGUGCGACAAAAACCAGCCGACAGCUAUCACCAACAAAAAUUAUUCCCCAAAAUCCGGUAUCACUAUAAAGUGGAAAGCUCCCAACGAAGAUGUUGGAGAUAUCCAUGUUGUGGCAAGGUUUGUUGCCGGAGAUGAAUAUUGGCACUUGACAGAAAGCAGAGAAAUUCCUUUAAAUGAAUUCCCUGUGAAUCUAAAGAAUUGUGGCAAAGCUAAGUCUUGUAUCCUAUACUCUGAGAAAAGCUCGUCUUGCCACGAAGACAAUUGUGACUACAUCUUGACUUAUAAUGUAGUCAACAAUACUAACGUGGAGUUUGUACUGGGAGGUACAGCCAAAGGGGACCAAAAUUAUUUGGCUGUUGGAUUCUCGAUGACGCCAGAAGCUGAGCGUAUGAAACUGAUUGCUUGCACCAGAGCGAAAACAGUUGCUGAAAUCAAGUUCUUUAAUCUCAACAGCAUGGAUGAAGGCUUGAUGGAACAUCCAAUGCACCUCGAAAACAAGAAGAUGGAUCUUGACGGCGACAGAAUGUGGUGCAGUUUCAUAGCCCCGAUGGUAACGCAGACGGAUGAUGGAAAUGGAUUGGACCUGAGUGUACCUCUAUAUCAAAUUUACAUGCGAGGAAACACAAAUUACACGAAAAGCUCCAAUUUGCCAAUUUUGCCAUCAAAAUUACUGAUAUCCAAAAAGGAGAUAUCUGUGGAUAAAAUCAAGUUACAGUAUCAUACUAUGGAAAAACCCAAAGAAAGCUCUGCUAGUACCGUCCAAAAAGCAUUCCAUGGAAUUUAUUUGAUGAUAUUGUUACUUCACUUCCAGCAACUUGCUAAAAGAAUUCUGUAAGAAUUCUUGUAGGUGAAUAAAGUAAUUCUAUGAAUAUAUCUGCACCACUGUAUGUUACAGAACUGUUAAAUUAUUACUUUUACAUUGCUUUUUUAUGUUUCAUUGUUGUCGACAAAGCCAGCAUGUAUAAUUAGCAUGUUAUGUCAUAAUAAAAUUUUGCACACCUCUAUAGAA